GAUACCACGCGUACUCGAGAUAUCGAUAUACCGUCCAUACCGUCGUCUAAGCUCAUUGUGUGUAUUUAUAUGGUUGGGUGAGAGGACUGAGACAAAGCAGCGAGUAAUAAUCACCAUUUGCUAAGUUAUGUCUAAGUGAUCGGCGGAUCGUAGUUGAGAUCGAGAAGUGUAAUUGAUCAGCGUCCAGUUGGUACAUCUUGCUUUACGAAUGGCUGGCCCGUCCUCUGACCAGAGUAGCACCGCCCAGAAGACAUGGGAGCUCAACAACUGCGUCGAAACCAUCAGUACCAUGGACGAGAUUUAUAGAUACGACAGGAAGGAGCAACAGGAUAUAUUAACUGCCAAACCAUGGGAGAAAGACCCCCACUUCUUCAAGGACAUAAAGAUAUCUGCGCUAGCCCUGUUAAAAAUGGUUAUGCACGCGCGAUCCGGUGGGACGCUGGAGGUGAUGGGCCUCUUGCUCGGUAAAGUGGCGGCGAACACGAUGAUCGUGAUGGAUUCCUUUGCGUUGCCAGUCGAGGGAACCGAAACUAGAGUAAACGCUCAAGCUCAAGCUUACGAGUACAUGACUGCGUACAUAGAAGCAGCCAAGCAGGUCGGUAGGUUAGAAAACGCCAUCGGGUGGUACCACAGUCAUCCUGGAUAUGGUUGCUGGUUGUCCGGGAUUGACGUAUCCACCCAGAUGCUCAAUCAAAAUUUUCAAGAGCCAUUUGUCGCAAUUGUCAUCGAUCCUGUGAGAACCAUCUCCGCAGGCAAAGUCUGUCUCGGUGCAUUCAGAACUUAUCCCAAGGGAUAUAAGCCUGCUAACGAGGAGCCGUCAGAAUACCAGACGAUACCGCUGAACAAGAUCGAGGACUUUGGUGUUCAUUGCAAGCAAUAUUACUCCCUGGAGGUGUCCUACUUCAAGUCCGCAUUGGAUAGACGACUGCUCGACUCAUUGUGGAAUAAAUACUGGGUGAAUACGUUGAGCUCGUCUAGCCUGUUGACGAACGCGGACUACACCACCGGCCAGAUAUUCGACUUGUCGGAUAAAUUGGAACACUCGGAAUCGGCUUUGGGUAGAGGAUUCGUCUUAGGCGGUACGGAUCCUCAUGAUCGCAGCACAGUGGAAAAACUCAUAAAGGCGACCAGGGAUAGUUGUAAGACCACCAUCGAAGUUAUUCAUGGUUUAAUGGCGCAAAUUAUUAAGGACCGUCUGUUCAACCACGUCGGGAGCAACGCGUCUUGUGAUCCUCAACAGAAAUAAUAAGAUCCAAUAUAAUGUGUGUGAUAAAUCUGCUAUGAAAUGUGUAUUUGUAAUAAAGACAUGUAUCCUCCGUUUAAAGUCGAAA